UGCCCAGGCGGUGACGUCACCCGCACAUCUCUCUGUCUGGCUGUGCAAAGACUCAGACAGAAGCAACAGAGGAGCUGAGGGGAAGCCAGGAGGAUUAUCACCACUGUGGAAUAAACACGCGUUUUCCUGCAGCAGCAGCCGCAGCACGGUACGACACGGCUUGGGACGUCCAGCUUCGACCUGGAAACAAAAGGGGGUGGAUGCUUUUUUGUGGCUCCUUUGCACUGCUUUUCCUCCCCUCUUCAGCCGCACUGGUUUCUUUGCACUGACCAGUUGUCUUUGAGAACCGGCUCCGGUGCCUCUCCCCUCCUCCUUCUCCUCCUCCUCCUCCUCCUCUUCCUCCUUUCUUCCCCUCUCCUUUUUUCACCCUCCUUCCUGUAUUAUUUUUUGCCUUCUAUCCGCAAUCCUGCGAAGCCGCAAACAUGCCCAGCUCGCUGUUCGCCGACAGCAGCGUCCAGGGAGACGCGCUGGACGACCAGAGAGCGCUGCAGAUCGCCCUGGACCAGCUCUCCCUGCUCGGCUUGGACAACGACGAGAACCCACUGUACGACAACGGCCAGGAGCCCCGGAAGAAGAGCGUCAACAUGACGGAGUGCGUCCCGGUGCCCAGCUCCGAGCAUGUGGCUGAGAUCGUGGGAAGACAAGGUUGCAAGAUCAAAGCGUUGCGAGCAAAGACCAACACCUACAUCAAGACUCCGGUGCGAGGCGAGGAGCCUGUUUUCGUGGUGACGGGCAGGAGGGAGGAUGUGGCCAUGGCCAGGAGGGAGAUCAUCUCUGCGGCAGAGCACUUCUCCAUGAUCCGAGCCUCCAGGAACAAAAACACCAGCCUGAAUGGGAGCGGCACCCCAGUCCCUGGACCGCCUAACCUGCCCGGACAGACCACCAUCCAGGUCCGGGUGCCCUACCGCGUGGUCGGGCUGGUUGUAGGGCCCAAGGGUGCCACCAUCAAGCGCAUCCAGCAGCAGACCCACACCUACAUCGUGACCCCGAGUCGGGACAAAGAGCCAGUGUUCGAGGUGACGGGGAUGCCGGAGAAUGUUGACCGAGCACGCGAAGAAAUCGAAGCCCACAUCGCCAUGAGGACCGGAGGCCUGAUUGAGCUCCAGGAUGAAAACGACUUCCACGCCAACGGCACAGAUGUGGGUUUUGAUCUGCAUGGGCACGCCACCCUGUGGUCCAAGCCCAGCGCAGGGAUGACCCCCACCUCUGUGCGCAAACCCUUCUCCAACUACCGCAAUGAUUCGUCAUCCUCCUUGGGUAGCGCCUCCACAGACUCCUACUUCGGCAACAACAGCUCGCGCAUGGCCGACUACAGCCCCCCCAGCCCCGCGCUCAGCUACACCACCACCACCACCACCAACAACAAUGGCAACAACAACAACAACAACAUCAACGUCAACACCAACGGCAAUGGGUUUGUUUACGGAAACGACGUGAUCUCUCCUGAAUGCACUGAUCUGACUUUUGACUCCUCGCCGGGGUUUGACCCUACACCAGCCCCACCAGGCCUCCUGUGGUCCCCGUACGACAGUCGCAUGACCACCUCCUCCAACGGAGGCAGCUCCCCCACCUCCACCUCAGCCAUGUUCCCCACCAACACCUCCACCAAUGCCAACGGGAUCGUGGUGAGCCAGCGGAGGGUUAACGGCUGCACCCCGCAGCCUCGCCUGUCACCUCCUAUUCACAGCCACAACGGAGGGCCCGCCGAGCACCCCUUAGCCCGGCGGGUGCGUAGCGACCCGGGCGGAGGCCCGCUCAGUUUCCCCGGUUACUCCAGCUCCAUCGCCUCGUUGCCGGGCUCCCACCUCCCCGGGGUGCCGUGCGACUCCUCGGCCUCAUCGUCAUCCUCCUCUUCCUCCUCGUCCACCUCCUCCGGCACCAGCCGAAAGGGCAGUCGCGAUUGUUCAGUGUGCUUCGAGAGUGAGGUCAUCGCGGCGCUGGUCCCCUGUGGGCACAACCUCUUCUGUAUGGAAUGUGCCAACCGGAUCUGUGAGAGGAGUGACCCCAAAUGCCCCGUCUGCCACACCGGCGUCACUCAGGCUAUACGUAUAUUUUCAUAAGAAGUGAAAUUCUUUGACUGUCUCAGCCGCGAGACCGACUACAAUAGCAACAACAGACUCUUCAUACCGCUUUAAUGAUCAGCCAAUCAUCAGUUUGGAAAGUGUACAUAGAUAUACAUAUGUAUGUAAGAGAGGCUGCAGUAUCCAGACGAAGGGACAGACAGCCUUUAUGGGCUAGUUGUGAAUAAUGUACUGUAGCUUGGGGAAAUAUUUUCAACAUCUAAGUGCAUGUUUUAAAUAUUACAGUAUAGUAAUCAAUAGUUCUAGUUAAUUGUACACUAUAUUUAUGAAGUGCAGAGACGCAGCGGGGUCAGGACGGAGGUACGGGGGUCUAACUGUAGACUGUUUCAGCGGGACGAGCCUUCCAGGUUUGCCGAUCGAAUGUAGUGAGAGGGGCGGCCGUGGCUGGGAAACGUGGAGGGCGUCCGGCCAAACAGGACUCAGGCCUAAAAGAUACUGCAGCUCGAGGUCAGAAACCACGCGAGGGAGGGAGAGCAACAACAUAUCCUACAUAUAUAUGUAUAGAAUCAAUUUCCACAAGUUGAAAGUUUUAAAUGACAUUACUACAGAUUGAAGUAUUUUAUUCUUUUUUGACUUGAAAGAUUAUAUUUCUUAUUGCAAAGAUGUUUACAGAUAUUUUAAUUUAAGUUCAGUGAACUUUUUUGUAGCUGGGUUGAAAUAUUGUUCAUUUUUUUAGUACGGCCUUAUGGCAUUUGAUCACUGUAUUAUUUUAAUAUCACACGACUGUGGGGGGGGGAAAUCCGAGUCCACAAAAUGUGUAUUUGACAGUAUUCUGUUGGGAUGGAGUUUUUAUAGGUUCAGCAAAAAAAAAUGUCUUUUAAAUCUGCUUCACCCAGCAUAUUUUUUAUUCCGUAAUAUAAAGCAUAUUUUAUUCUAUAUUAUUAUGAAACAUGGAAAUGUACAAAACUUAGUAAGUUGAACACAAAGAAACCGUUUAUGCUUUCUAAAAUUUGUAUGAAUUAGAUUCCAGUGGGAAUUACAGGCUUCUGUUGCACCACUAUAGUUUUAGUAUUUCUAUUUUAAUACAUUUGUUUACCACUUGUUUAUGUAUAUGUAGGUGAAGUUACUUGAGCGUAAAUGUACUUUAUUGAGCAAAGUUUAAGAACAAAGUAUAUUUUAUUUUAUGAUAAAGGGCCUUUAACCUCAUGGUCAAAUACUAAUAUUAUAUUUGCUGAGACAAGAUUUGAAAAUGUAUCAAGAGUUUUAUUUUUCUGACAUUUAAAGUUAUACAUGAUAAAAAAAAAAAAAGUAAUGGUGCUACUUCAUGUUUUUUUAAGUAUUUCUAUAUAAGUCCAAUAAAAAUGGUACAUCGA